UUUGAUUUUCAGCAGGUUUUUUAUUCCUUCGGGACACUUCGCCUAGGAGAAUUUUCUAACGAACCUGAAUAAUUCUUUCAAAGUCCGCAAGACCAUCAUCAAGACGUGCUGGAUGAGCAAUAUAUAAAUAAGAAAACUCAAAAAGCAAAGGAACUGAGAGUGUGCCAACUCCGCCAGUCCCAGCUCGGAAAAAGUUUUCCGCUGACAAUAUAAAAAAAAAAUAGUCUCCUAAAGUAUCCGAGCUGCAUCAGUUAAAAAGCUACCCUGUCGUUCUUUUAGAACACUAAAGGUCUUCACUUUAUUUCCCUUUCAUAUUUAUUGGUAGCUACAGCUAGUAUUAACCCGCACGCGCAGCCCACAUUUAAGCUGUCUCGCCCGAAGAAAGCAAAGCUCAACUAAAAUUUUUGUAUUUCAGUCAGUCACUGCCAUACGUAUAAUUUCAACUUUAUUUUUUUACACUUUGCUUCUUUCUAUACGCAAAAGCUAAGGGCCACGGUGGAGCGCGAGCGCCGCUAAGUAAAAACAAGACUAUUGUACCUCUCGCAGGACUCACUCGCGCACAGCAACAAGAUGCUGGGCUUUGUUCGAUUGGUCUUCGUCUUCAGCUGCGCGGGCGGCACGGUAACUCCGUCCAAUCUGCGGAUGUUGGUGCAAGGGCUCUCGAUCACGUCAGGCAAGCCGUCCAAUGACUCGUUGACGAAAAGUAGCGGCGGCACUGGUGAGUCUGGUUCUCUAGCGCACCAUCAAAAGAUCACCUUUCGGUAUACCGCGCCGUACAAGGGCAACGCUGGAAACACGCAUUAUGAUUAUCUGCAGCGGCAGAUCGAGUGCCGUGGAGAUGGUUGUAUCCCACAGAACUAGUUGCAAAUUACACCCAUGCGACCGGGCAAACUGCAUGAUCGAAAACUGGUUAGAUUGCUUCUGUCGCGGUGCUAUUAAACCAAAUGAAAGUAUGUACAUAUACAACUUCUGGUGUACUAAAGUUUUUGCAUGACACACAGUAUACGCGGAUCUGGUGGCAUGGGUGUGAAGAUCAUUUUCCCCUGGACACGCACCGUCGAGGAUUCCCAUUCCGACUUCUGCACUACGGACGACGACACAGACAGGUUUCUUCUGUUCACCGACGCAAGCGUUCGGAGAAGUAGCACCAGCACCCGCCCACGCAACAUUGGAGCAACUUCAUCUACUACGCCUACUUUUGCGCAAUUGGGGAUCGUCGCUUACAACACGCGCGGCCUGGCGGAAGCCCGGAAAAUCACGGAAGAGAAAGCCGCCUCCGAAGUGAUCGACUCGCUUUACGACCGCGUUCCGGACAUACUUGCCGCGGGGUUGGGGCAAAUCCGCUUCAAAGAGGCACAGAAGCUUUUGAGGACACCAGCACGUCGGGGGGUGGGAAAGGAACCAUCGACGGAAGACGAGAGAGCGUUUUUGUUUUAUUCGGACUCCUGGAAAGAUAAUGCGCUGACCGCCGUCGCCGAGGGCGAGGCAUUGCUGCAGGGACUCAAUCUGGUACACAACGAGCUGCAACGGAUGAAAGCUGAGAGCUCGGAAGUCGAAGGUCGUGCGCCGGCCAGCGAGCGCGCGAAAUUGCUCGCAUCGACGGAUUCCCUCGACUUAGUCCUGGCGCUGGAAUGGAUUUUUCACGGAGAGCUGCCCGCUCUUGCGGAUGUCGUGGACGGCGGAGGACCUGGGGCAGGCCUUGCGCGGCACAUGCAAAAUACCGUGGCCCAGCCUAUGGCGGACUUGUUUUCCCGCGUUGGGCUUACGGCUGCUUUUCGGACCACGUUGGCAAAACUAGCAGCAGGGGACCACACGAAAUUUUCUGUGCCGCAUGUGGAGAUCCUCCAGGUGCGGAGUUCGUCCCGCGUGAUUCGCAAGAAACAGGCGGGUCAUGCAGCUUUUGGAACCACUUCCAGUUCGGACGAACCUGUGUCCGAUGAGGAAGUAGUUCCUAGCGAGGCCACAACGUCGCUCAAGGCCUACACGUUCGGAAACGCCUUGGCGGACCAGCUUGCAUCGGGCUUCACAUUGAUGAACCAAAUUGGCGCAGCGCCAGUGGACCUACUGUCAAAGCAGUUCUGUGAGAACCCCGGCGGGUGGCUGAAGAGCACGAGGUGGACAAGCCCCUCGUCUUCCGCGGCCCCUGCAGAACAGGCAAGCGCGAGCAGAAAGCCAAGUACCGCGGCAGGGGCGGCAGGUGCCGCUCCUGUUCCGCCGAAAGAUGAAUUCGCCAACAAAAAGGCCGACGCCCCGCAGCUGUAUGUCAGCUGCAAAGCGAUGUUUCAGGAUCUGAAGACGCGCCUGAGUAGCGUCCUGACACCGGCGCGCGACGCAGUCGCAGGGAUUCAACCACGUGGUCCGUCGCAGACCUCUGAGCUGGAGCAAGAAUUGUUAACGCGGUUUGCGAAGUUUGCGCACCUGUAUCAGAGGCACAAAUAUGCAGCUUCAGCGAGGACGUCCUCGCCCCAGGUUGCUCCUAGCUCUGGCGAUGUAGUUCUUGCGGCAGCAAAAGCCGACGCAUCGCCCUCUGCAUUCCAUACCGGAACCAGAGGCCGGCCGGCGUCUGCGAGGCGGGGGCGGAAAAGAUCGUCGUCCAGUUCCCGUCGUCGUCCAAAGUCCACCUCGCGCUCUCCUUCUCAGAAAAUAAGUAGCAGAAGCGCUAGCAGAAGCUCCUCACGCACACAGCAGGAUCAGAGUGCGGGCAGCGACGGAGCAACAGAAGAUGGUAGUGAGAAAAGUCACGACGUGGUCAACGACAAAAAGCAAAAAGAACCCUGGAUGACUCCUCUGGAUUGGUUCCGAAGCCAGGCUCAAGUCGCUCUGCAGCACUGUGGCAGUCCGCGCGGUCUUGAAUUCGCUUCCAAAAAGCUGACGGAUUAUCUGAACGUUGCGACAGCAACAGGGGUGGAGGCGCACGAGCAGGAGAGAAGUGUUGGCGCCGGAGGUCGACGUGUCUCCCCCGCCAAUGUAGAAGAAGCGCCUGCGUCCGCAUUUGAUUUUUCAGCCUAUCAGGAAGGCUGCGCCAAGUCUUUUCGCGAGCACUUUGGCAAUGUUAACAAGUCGUCGGCCCCCUCCCCCUCCGCGGGCAUCCACGCCUUGGGCCAAUCUUGGCUUCCGCCAGAAGGGGGGGAGCUCUUGGGUCGGCUUUGGGCCCGAAUUGCGGUGGUACGCCGGGUGCGCAGCUCGUUGGCCCAGUCACAAUCUGUGUUGCGCGCCUUCCUCGCGUCAAUUAGUCCCAGCGACGCAAAAGAGGCCGGCGCAGGCCCGUCCAGCCCGGCGCCCGCCGUUGCUGCAGCCGGAAAGCAAAAGAAGAAGAAGAAGAAGCAAGCUGGACCGGCAGACGAGUUGUCGUACCUGGGUGUCGUGCUCGGGACGGUGACGGCAGCUCAAUUCGUUUUCAACGAAAUGUCGACCUGGGCACCGACGUUUAUAGAAAAAGAUUUGAACAUCCGUACCGCGAUCGACGACACUUGGGCGAAAGGGCCUCGACCCCAACUCGGGGGGCGCAAACAGAGCCAAACUCGGGCGGGUACAGGAGCUCAAACGUCGCAAGAUGCUUCGUAUAUUUGGUAUGCGCGAAUGAUGAAGCAACCUAUGCAGGUUCUAGGCAACCUUCUCACGACGUUCACAGCGCCACUGCAUGCCAACAAUGCGGGUAUUCGUUUGGCCACGCGGGGAAACUACCGCGCAACCGCCGAACGCGUUUUGGACGAGCUCACCAAAGCUGCAAUACCGCUGGCGACGGACCUGCUCGACUCGUUGUUGACAAGUCUCGAAAACUGGGUCGCAACGGUGAUUCUGCCAUUGAGUACGGAGACAUCGCAGGGUAUGGGAAAAAAUAAAUGCACGCAUGCUUGCAACUCUGCUCGCGACGCAUUGAAGAGCGAAGCGGCUUUCUUUUCGAAGAACCUUGCUAACGAACCUAUCGCCGGCUCGAUUGAUUGGCGCAAAAACGGAUUCGAACGAAGGCUGUUGGAGAUGCACGUAGUUGCUGCGGCGGUGGAAAAAGAAAAGCAAACUUUGCUUCUCAAAAAUCUCCACAAAAUCCCAAAGGUGUUCUUGAAACAUCAGGGAAGCACUGCCUCGAUCUGCCGGGGGAGCGAUGUUUUUCGGGCAACUGCCUCCUACGUCAAGAAUUUGCAACAGGCGCGCGACGUAUACAUCCCCGCGCACGAGUUGGUUCUCAGCAUUGACUUACAAUACGCCGGGAUCGACUUCCGUGGUACAACUCCUGAAGCAAAACGACGCUCCACUUCCCCGGCCUUCCUCGCGCCACCGCCUCUGCUUUCGCUCGCCGAUCUUCCUGUCAGUCUAAUGCAGCAACUCUCGCUCGAGCCAACUACCUUCGCAGCCAACGUGGAGGCCAGAUUGUCCGCCGCAGCGUGCACCAGAGGAGGAGCAGGGCAAGACUCCUCUUGUCAGGACGAAGAAGUAGAGGACGCCGUCCUGUACCGGGGUCGUUUCGGCCUCGGGCGGUUGCGCAUGAGAGAUGCUGAGGGGAAGCGAGAACAGUACUUAGAUGUGGUGGAAAAGAGAACACAACCAAGGCCGGACUGGCCGGAGGAAAGGCGUCUCGACCGUCUGUGGUUAGCGUCGCCUUGGGCACGAAGUAAUUGGACUAGAAGGCAACACGAGAUGAAUCCUAUGCCGGGCGUAGCAGCAGGAACGGGUCCGUCCGCACCGGCCACGAUUGACAUGAUAGGCGGUGCGGCAUCCACAAUAGAGCAGAUUUUUCGUCGAUCGUCCGGACCGUCUGUGGCCUCAGUUGUCGCUGAGAGCUUGGGGCUGGAGUUGCCGAUCCGGUUAUCAGGGCUGGUGGAGGACCAGGACCUCCAAGAUGCCCCUUCAAAGGGCGAGAGGGCUGUGAAGAUGGUGAUGCGUAACGCUGAAGGGUUGAGUGACACCAUCGCACAGAAACUGCAAUACGAGGAGAACACGAACACUGCUAUUCUGACAGACCUACGUCGCACGAGGCUGGCAGACCAAUGUCGCACGGCGGAGUUAUUCGACUGGCUUUUCUUGAAAAUCCAAAGAAGUGACGGCGAUCGGGCCAACAUUUGCAUUAUUGAGUUGGGCCAAAGAGGGAUCGUCCAGACUCUGGAACACCGCGACGAGGAGGCGAGAAUGAUCAGAAAAGAUCAAGAACGUGGCUGCGACAAGUUAUGGCUGGGUAUAUACUACUUCUUCUUUCAAGACGAUAAUAGCCGUCUCCUUUUGUUGGAGAACGCUUCUCGCAUCAGAAAGCUGAUGCCACAGUCCCUCCCCUAUGGCAGCAGGAAGAAAGCGGAAGACUUUGGCGGUGGCGGCUCGACGCUUUCAUUUUCUGACGGAGGCGCGCUUGCAGUGAGGCCAAACACAGACUUCGAGGAAAUUUUUCCAUUUGAGGCGCCCCCGGGCGGAGCGUUUGUGGAGUACCAUCCGACCUUGCAAUUGCCGGUUGCCUACACCACAGUGGCGGACUUUCAGAGCGGCCCCAUGGAGAAUAAAGCACCAGAGGGAACUACCCGGACGACAGUGGCAAUCUUGUUCUAUGACGAGGGGGCGGCAAAGUUUGCCGUCCUACCGAUCUCUUCGAGUUCUGCGGGUGCCGCGCAAGAAGAAUUGCUACAUCCACACCUCGCCGAAACGAUGCCUCGAGCGCCAUUGCAGAGCUACGAUGCAGGUUUGCGGUGGGCCCUCCAACCACGGCAACUCCAGGAGGUGCAACUGGUGUCGCCAAAGUACCUACAUGGCACCAGCGUGCGCGGGAUAGUGGACUCUCCCGACGCCGAUCUCUUUCGGCUUCCCUUCGCGCAAACAAAACGGAAAGCAGCAGGCGCAUUGCCAAUUAUGGACGAGGCACGAUGUGUUAGCAGGGAGGACUUUUUCCGCGUGCCAGCUUUUCUCCCGGGGGAGCGGGACCCGUUCUCGUCCAGAGAAACAACAUAAAAAAAGACCGCGGCUUUCUCUUUUCUCGUUGCCCGGCUCGCUGUGCAAGAAUGCCGGCGGGAAGCUCUACAAACAUAGGCAGUAAAACGAAAGUCAUAACUUGUACAAAGAAAGAAAAGAUAAAAAGUUUUUGUCAUUUCUGUUUUGGCAUAGUACUACUGAAUAUAGUAUUCCUAUUUUUCGCUUGAAAUAUAGACAUGUACUACUCAAUUACGUACAUGUUUUAAACAACUACUUCUUCCUAUUCGCUUGAAAUUGAAAACUCGUGCUCGCAACGGGCCACCUUGUAUGUCGAUCUUCCCGAUCGAAGCGUGGAUUUUGACUAAUGGAAGUACAGUGCAGUAACAGGAAGGUGAUUUGCACGAUGUACGCGUCACAGGGUGUGUGCUGGCUCCCGGGCGCAAGCACCGAGAUCGAAGGACCGUGGUGGUGGUGAUGUCCUCUGAUAUAAUCAGUCAGUCCGACCACGCUUGUACUUGUAGCGAAGGACAAUCACAUUGAUGACGUUGUCGUCAGUAAGACAGGACGACGGGAGUUUUUAUCUGGCGUAAAUACAAGUCUGACAAGACGCUUGCCCCCGAUCG